UACUGGAAGACUUCUGGGACGUAGUGGAAUACAUGAUUGUUUCCCCUGAUGGCGAUAUAGUAAAUGAUCUAUUGAAAGUGCGUGCCAUCUUCCGGUGGAUCGUGUCAUACGACAUUAUGAACAUUGAUACAGAUGUCCUUCCGCCAGACGGAUCACCACUAGAACAUUUCCUCAAGAUUCAGUGCGAGAUCGGUGACCACGCCCAUCUCUUCUACACAAUGUGUUCAUUAGCCGACAUCCCAUGCGUCAUCAUCAAUGGAAUGACAAAAAGCGCCAUCUAUGAGUUGGGUGGUGAAGUGAAUCGAGAAAACAUGGCGUCUCAGUGGAAUGCUGUGUAUGUGGACGGGGAAUGGAGAAUUGUGGACUGUUUUUGGGCGUCUGUCUGCGUGGACGAUAGGAACUCCAUUGAUAGAAUUGAAGUCACCAAAAAACGCAAUUUGAAACGAGUUUCUGAAAAUGGAGAGGGUCCGGUACCCUUCAAUGAGUUCUAUUUCUUGGUUGAUCCAAACCAGUUGUUAUGGACACACCUUGCAGACGACCGUGAUUGGCAACUUGUCGAAACUCCAAUUACAGAGGAGAAAUUUCAAGAAAGAGUUUAUAUAAGAGAACAAUUUCACCUCCUUGAAAUGGAGAUCAGUAACGGUUGUACUAACUGUAUUCUUCACACAGAUGGAGAUCCUAUUGAAAUAGUGUUCAAAUUACCGAAGACAAAAGGAAGGUUUUACAAGUUUGCCUAUUCACUCACUCAGUCUAGGACGCAGGUGGAUACGGACGGUACUGAAAAACCCGUAGAUUUACUUCUUGAGAGGUUCGUCUUCUUUGAGCAUACAGAUGGUCAGGUCAAAUUCACGAUAAGACUUCCUCUCACAGGAAUGUUUCAACUAGAUAUUUUUGCAGUUGAUGUGAAAAAGUCAAAGGCAUAUAAGCUUCUGUGCACAUAUUUAAUUCAGUGUGAUGAGAAAAAAGACAACAUCUUGCCUUUUCCGGAUUGUCCGGAUUUAGGAUGGGGUGUAUCACCACACGCACAGGAUGCCGGGAUACGUCUGAGGAAUCGAGAGGACUAUGGUGGACGAAUUUUGACAAAAACAGGAGAAAUAGAAUUGGUAUUUGAGGUGCAAGACAUUCCUUUCCUUUCAAAUUCAUUAAAAAAUGUCCUGAUCAAUGAGGCAUUGUUAAGUAAAUAUAUCCUUGCACAACGGGACAAAGAAAAAUAUAUUGUGAAAAUCCGUUUACCCAGGGAAGGAGAAUAUGGACUGAAAAUAUUUGCGGACGAUGGAGGCAACAAAAUUGAAAACUACAUUCCAAAAGAUAUCAUUCACUUACUAAUCUGCUUUGAGGGCGGAGGGAAAAAGAUAAAUGAACCUUUUCCAAAUAUUGCUGGAGGAAAUUUGGGAACAAAACCUUACGCAGAAAAGUUUGGCAUUGAUGUUCUGAGCUAUCAAAAUGGGAUGAUAAAAGCUUGGGGUGGCAGAGCGAGGGUGGAAUUUGAAACACACACAGAUAGAAUUUUGUUGAUGUGUGAUUUGUCCUGCAGUGAUAGGGACGCGCAGGCAAGAAGCAAGAUUGAAACAACACAUGUUGACAACCACUGGGUGUUUGAUUUAACCCUACCAGUGCCCGGGGAUUAUUCUAUGAACGUGUUAGCGACUAUGGAGGAAGACAGCAGCAAUGUUUACGAGGUACAAAGUUAUAUGAUCACUUCUAUUGUUACUGAUGUAAAGCGUGUAAAGUUUGCCGAAGAUGCAGAGGACGUUGAUGACAUCAUUACAGCAACUAUCCGUACAUCAGAGGAAACAAUCACUAUCCCAAUACCAAACGCAGACGCAGCGGAGAAAGUGUUCACAAGAAUAAGUAGAAGAGAUGGCCGAGACGGAGAGAACGGAACAAGACCGUCUGUGGUGGUCAAUAAGGAGUCGUUUGAUAUCACACUGAGAGAAGACGGCGAGUACGUGAUGGACGUAUGGGCCCAGGACAAAUCUAAUGUGCUAGACACAGUGGCAAGGUUUACCAUCUGUCGCAGGCCAUCCAUCGACUCCUAUACAGACGACAUCGAGGCUCUGAUUGAGUCUCUAAAACCCCAGGAAGAAAUGGAGGAAGAAGUAGAAGAAGAAAUAGAAGAGAAUAGCGAGGAAGAGAGUGAAGAAGUAAACGAAGAAACAGAUGAUAAUACUACGUUCUAUACUGAAACAGAAGGUGAUGAAAACUAUGAAGAUGACAACAAUGAUAAUCAAAGUGAAUGUGAAGAGAACGAAGAUCAGGAUGCAGAGUCAAUAAAAGACGAAGAGGACCAGAAGAUAAAAACUGACGCACCGGAGCAACACGACAACGAUGAAGCAAUGAAGAGUGAAUCAACGCCGAGAGAGAUAAAUAAUGUUGUUGUCGUUGGUGUCGUGGCUGAUUCAAACAAAAAAGAAAGCAAGGAUGUUAAAAAAGAUGCAAAACAGAAAGAUAAUUGUGAAAACAAUGAUGCAGAUGAAACUCCGAUAGAUGAAUCUCCCGCGGAUGACUCUCCAGCAGAUGAAAAGCAGGAGACUAAACCAGCUAAUGAGAGUUCAUCUAACGACAAUCACGGAGAGGUGGUAGUAGCUGGAGCUGUGUCGGGUGUAAUCAUCACACAGAAGGAGAACCAAAGUGAAGACUGUCCAAUAAAAACUCAUGAUUCACAGGAUAAACUUAGUGAUGACGUCAUCAGUUACUCCGACGGUAAAAGUAUUGUAGACACGGACACAGAGAGCAUACUAACACUCCAGGAUAAUAACAAUCAGAGGACAACUACGAGAAUGGACAGUGUCAGCGUCUCUGCUUUUGGGAUGGUGGCUGCACAUGUCAUCUCCGAGGAUAAGGUAGAGGAUGAUGACGAGGACGAUUAUGACGACGAUGAGCGUCUGACGAAUGACUCACAAGGAUUAUUUGACAUUGAGGAAAAUAACAUGAACGAGGAUCAAGACAAAUACCGAGCUGCACGACGACGAACGAUUGUCAGGAAGUUGCACAGAGCAAUAAGAGACCGGAAGCUAAAGGAGCUAACACAGAUAUUCCAGGAAUACAAAGCAACUAAACCUCCCAAGGAUGAUGAACUGAGACGAGAGGCCAGACGAAUUAUCAACCAACUCAAAGCAAAAGACAAUUUGAUAACCGCCACUUUAUCCAAGGACCCUGACACCCUCCGUGAGGCCAUCACUCGAGCCCACAGACACAACUAUAACAUGGCCCUGACCGUACAGAUCCUCCUGGCCGGCAGAUUACUGGAGAGGUACGUCAGGAUGAAGAAGAUUGAGUCCACUGUGAUAGAGAUGAACCAGAACGCCGUGACAGAAAUGAAGAAGUAUGCCAAACCUCCCAACGGCGUACAUCAGACACUAGGAGCCACCUUCUUGUUACUAGGAGAAGAUGCCACAGUCGUCAAGAACUGGAAAAAGUGUCAUGCUUUGUUGUUCAAAACUGGUAAAAACGGCAUCCUAAGGCGAGUCGGCGCCUUUGAUCCCAAGGAUACAAAUCCAACCAUUGUUGCUGCAGCGAAGAAAAUUUUAAGUCGAUUUGAAUACUUACAAAUCCGUGACGUCAGUAAAGGAGCAGCUGCGUUUUUUACUUGGGCAAACAAUAUGGUGCAGCAGGCGGAGUCUUACCGGAACUCUCUCCGAAAAAGUGGUAAAACAUCCGCGCGGAAUAUCGGACCACGAUCUGCUAGUAUGGCUCCCUACAGCGGCAGGCGACAAGGAACUACUGUUUUGAAAAUGUGA